AUGGCUAAUAGAUGGUGGACUGGGAAUGUGGCAACUAUGCCAACUUCACCGACUUCACUUCAACAGCUGAAAAGAGAAGAGUUAAUGGAAAGCAACAACAACGCGAACUCGACUCCGACUAAUAGCAGUAACAGCAACAAUAAUGAAGAUGAAGAUAACCACAACCCUGAAGAUCAGAAUCCUUCGGAGCCAGGUAGUAGUAGUGGUCGGCGGCCACGUGGUAGACCGCCGGGUUCCAAGAACAAACCCAAACCGCCUAUUGUUAUAACUAAAGAAUCUCCCAACGCGCUUCGAAGCCACGUGUUGGAAAUAGGUAGCGGUAGUGAUGUGGCGGAGAGCAUUGCUGGCUUUGCCAACCGCCGUCACCGUGGUGUGUCGGUUUUGAGUGGGAGUGGCAUUGUGACUAAUGUGACGCUUAGGCAACCGGCUGCUCCUGGUGGUGUUAUUACUCUUCAUGGGAGGUUCGAGAUUCUGUCGCUUUCCGGUGCUUUUCUGCCUUCGCCGUCUCCGCCUGGAGCUACCGGGCUUACUGUUUAUUUGGCCGGUGGUCAGGGGCAGGUUGUUGGUGGCGCUGUGGCGGGUUCUUUGGUUGCUUCUGGACCUGUGAUGGUUAUUGCAGCUACUUUUGCUAAUGCUACUUAUGAGAGGCUGCCAUUGGAAGAUGAACAAGGUGGUGAUCAAGAGGAAAUGCAAGUUGAACAACAAUCUGGUGUGGAUUCAGAAACUGUUGCAGCAGCUGAAGUUGGUUCUUCUCAAGGUUUGGAAUUCGCGGAACAACAUCAUCAUCAUCAACAACAACAACAGGUUUCAAUGCCUAUGUAUAACCUGCCACCAAAUCUUAUGCAUAAUGGUAAUCAAAUGGCUCAUGAUGUGUUUUGGGGUCCUCCGCCACCUCGUCCUCCUCCUCCUUUCUGA